AUGGAAAGAGUGCUAAAACGUGUUGGACUAUCUAAAAGAAUACAAUCAGAAGUCGAGGUGAAUAUGACGAACCUCGAGGAAAACGUGAAACUGAGACGAAGACGACGUAGUAAAUCGAGGAGGCGGUCCAGUCAGGAGAACAAAAAAACGCGUGGUUUAUUUAAUAUUGAUUGGGAUUCUGUAAAAGACUGUAAAUCCUGCAAAUCGCGCGCUAUCACGAAGAGAUUUUGCAGUAAAAGAACUGACAAUGAACUGUACAGAUCCAAUAGCUUCAAAUUCGAAAGAUUCAUCAGGGGCAACGAUGAACUUUCAACCCUUGGCAAGAAUGUUGGCAAUACUCAUCAGGAGAUAAUUUAUUCGAAUCCGGAUUAG